UCGGUGAUGUGCCUGUCUGGAGCUUUCGCUGAGGACAACAUAAGAUUUGUGCUCUUGGCUAUUUUUCUAGCCUGCUACAUGCUGGCUGGUGCUGUGCUCUUUCAAACGCUUGAGAGUGAAGUUGAAUUGCACCAGGCGACCGAAUUUUGGCGUGUUUAUCACGUUUUUCGUCGAUAUCAUUUGCGAAGUAAUCCCCAAGCCACAGAGCGGCUUAACGAACUCCUCUACGCGUACAGUAACGCAUCGGCUACUGGGAUUAUUCACAAGAGACGUCGUUGGGACUUCUCCGGAAGCUUUCACUUCGUUGGGACCAUCGUCUCCACCAUCGGGUAUGGUACUACGACACCUCAGACUAGAGCUGGAAGACUCGCUGUGAUUGUCUAUGGAUUUUUUGGAUGCUCAGGGGGAAUACUGUUCUUCAACCUGUUCCUGGAGAGGAUUAUAACGUUCCUCGCUUGGGUUCUGCGGACAAUCCAUCUGAGGAGAUUGAAGAAACGUCUGAGACAGACAACCCUGGCGUCUCGACGUGUUGCUUCCAGGCCCAGCAAUCCUCGAAUGUACCUUCCUGAUAUUCUCGAUGAGGAGAACGAGGACGAUAUGGGCCUCGAUCACUGGAAGCCUAGUGUCUACUGGGUGAUGCUUUACCUGACGAUUUUUUCGUGUCUUGUUGCGGGAUGUGGAGCUUCUCUGUACGCCUUGUUCGAGGGCUGGGGAUAUCUCGAUGCUCUGUACUUUUGCUUCAUAAGCUUCGCCACCAUCGGCUUCGGGGAUUACGUCAGCACGGAAAAGGAUAAUUAUCCGUACAUCCAUUUCUAUCGAAUAAUAAACUUCUUGGUCCUCGUGUUGGGUUGCUGCUGCAUAUACUCCCUUCUGAAUGUCACGUCGAUAGUGAUAAAACAGAUGCUCAACUGUGUGAUAAUGAAAUUAAAUAAAAUAAUGGGUAGGAGGAGGGCAAUGGCAGCUCCUCAUCUACCCAGGAGAAAAUCCUCAGUCUCUGGAUUUUAUUACUCCCGCAGAAGGCACACUAGAGUCAACUGUGUAUCCAGGAGGGAUUCGGUGAGGGGUGAGGACAGCAGUGCAUCUGAUACACCGAGACGCAUGUCCGGUGAAUUGAUAUCUAUGAAGGAUUUUCUGACAGCCAAUAAAGUUGCACUGGCAGUUAUGCAGAAACAAUUACACGAAACGGCUCAGAUGCAGAGAGGAUCACCGUCAGUUGCAACUCCCAUUCAUCAGGGUGUAUUCAAACCCGGGGCAGUGGGACCACUUGCUAUUGCUACUGAAAAAUUCGAGGGGAAUGCAACGAGAUAAACUCCAGCUCGUCGGAGAAAUUAUGUAAAGUAUUGGAGUUGAGGCAGAAAUAUAUUCAACCGGAGAAAUUAUGUUUUAAGACUUGAACACAAAAUAUGUUCGACGUUCAUCUCUGAAAAGUAGUUUUAUGGAAAAUGUCUCUUCAUAUUUUUAACUGACUCAAUUAAUAAUAAUCAAUGCAGCAGUGAACAGAGAAAAUCAAAUUCAAUGAUGAAGAUAUAAAGCGAAGAGGUCAAGAGGUAAUAUCUGUGAAUCUAGGAGAGAUAGCGAAAUUUUGGUGAGGGCAUUUUUUGUAGAGUGAUGGGAGGGCUGCAAAAAAGGUUUUAUCAAAAAUUUAGCUAUCUCUGUUAGAU